GUUACAGAAAACAAAAAUGGCAGUGAACGCUAGCCAAGAGGACUUAUUGAAAUAUUUGCAGAAUCAGAUGACAUUUGACGAUUUUAAUCAACGGAUCGACGACUCGGAGCAGGUAUCAGGCGUCGUAAGUGAUGAGCCACAGCCUAGCCAUUCUGGCGCUCAUCCCGAACACAACUAUGCACAAAAUCAAGGGAUGCACAUGACAAGCGAUGAUGAUGAGGAAGAGGAGGAUGAUGAUGAUAGUGGCGAUGAAGAGGAAGACGGGGAGGAGGAUGUGAGUGCAUUUGAAGUAGAAAUGCGAUUUGACAGAGAACAACGAAAACAGCAACGUAAGAUGCAAAAAAGAAGAAACCGUGUUCCUAAAGCUCUGAGGGGAUUGAUGGGAGAAGCUAAUUUGCGCUUUGCACGAAGUGACCAUGAAGAUGCCAUUAAAAUGUGUAUGGAGAUUAUACGCCAAGCACCAAGUAGUUAUGAACCAUUUCAACUGCUAGGUAUGAUAUAUGAAGAUAAAGGAGACAUAGAAAGGUCAUUACAGUUUUCUUUGAUUGCUGCUCAUUUAAGUCCUCGUGAUGUUGAAGAGUGGAUCAAGUUGGCUGAAAUGUCGCUGGAACAAGAUAACAUUAAACAAGCCAUCCUGUGCUACAGUAAAGACUACAUAUAUUGUUGGAGAAAAAUGAUAAGGACAUCUUCUUAUGAGAGUGGUAGAAAGACUUACCACAGGAUGGGUGAUACGCAGCAAGCAAUCGAUGCAAUGCAGAAAGCUGUGGAGAAUCACCCAGAUCUUAUCAGUUCUGAAGACGUGAAUAUAUCCAGUGAGCUGUGUAUGUCAAUGAAACAGUAUGACACAGCUUUGCAGAUCCUUUGCAGACACUGUGGGGUAGUUAUUCAGCAAAGAACGGUGGAUCAGCUGGAAUCUUUAGAUCAAAUCGACAUUCAUGAUGUAAUCGUACCAGCAGAGAUACCCAUUGACCUAAGAAUUAAACUAGCUAUAUGUUUGCUGCAUACAAAACACACUAAGCCUAUACAGACUAUCUUGGCACCAUUAUUUGAAGAGAGUCCGGAUGAAAUGGGUGAUCUGUAUUUAGACAUAGCUGAAGCCUAUAUAGAUGUCGGUAUGUACAAAGAAGCCAAACCAAUUCUUGCAUUGCUAGUGAACUCUGAGAAGUACAAUCUGGCAGCUGUUUGGUUGCGGUAUGCAGAAUGUGUAAAUUGUCUUGGAGAACUUCAGUUGGCAUCAGUGUGCUAUCAUAAAGUAAUAAAGUUAGCACCAUCGCAUUUAGAAGCUCGCCUGGCUUUGUCAGCCAUUGAGCAGCAGCUUGGACAUACAGACCAAGCAUUGCAAGUACUUUCACAGGAUAUCAGUGAAACCAUGGAAACAGAAGGUGAAGAGGAGGAGGUUGUUCUAGGACAAGAUAUCCAGUUACUACAUCACAAGUGUCGGAUCCUACAGUCACAAUCAAGAACAGAGGAGUUUAUAGAAAAUGCACUUCUAUUAAUGGCAUACUACUUCAAAGAUGUCAAACCUGAGGAAAGUUUACGGGAGAUUUUUGGGAAAAUCAGCCACAAGAAAAGAAGGUACUAUUUACAGAAAUCGCCAAGGCUUCACAGAAAAAUUGUGUUAAGUGGCAGCAUGAGUAGUGUGACCAAAGAAGAAUGGUGGUCUCUUUAUUAUAGACUGUGUGAGACUUUAAGAGAAACAAAGCAAUUCAAAUUACUUGAAGAACUUGCUGCUACAGGAUAUGCCUCAACACAGUUUGCAAAGGAACCAGCUAAAAUAAAGGAGUUAGAUUAUAUUUGUUUAUUAGCUCACUAUUUCAAUCACAAUUAUAGGCUGGCGUAUAAUUUCAUCCGACCAAUGAUUAUGGAGAAGCCAGAAAGUACACAACUGUGGAAUCUAUUUGCUCAGAUUAUCCUGCACACUCAUGACUCCAGACAUAAUAAGUUUUGUCUUCGGUUAAUGCUGAAGCAUUCCGACAAUCUUGCAUUGUGUAUCUUGAAUGGCCACAAUGCUUUCCUCUCAGGAAGCCUGAAACAUGCACUAGGUGAAUAUGUACGAGGAUUCAGCAUUGACAGAAAUAAUGCGAUGUUGGCAAUGUGUAUUGGGUUAACUUUUAUGCAGAUGGCUUCUCAGAAAUAUGCUGUAAAACGUCAUUCUCUUAUUGUUCAGGGCUUUGCAUUUCUACAACGAUACCUAGACAUGAGAGGAGAGUGCCAAGAGUCCUACUAUAAUCUUGGAAGGGCGUUUCACCAGUUGGGACUUGUACAUCUGGCAAUUCACUAUUACAAGAAAUCCCUUUCACUGCCGAAAGUCGUAGAUGAUGGUGACUACUUUGAUCUCAGGAAGGAGAGUGCUUAUAACUUGUCCCUGAUUUACCAGAGCAGUGGAUCUUUUGAGCUUGCCAGAGAAAUGCUAUUACAACAUUGUGUUGUCUGAUGUUUGUCUGACAAGACUUUCUAACUUCUUUUAUAUUCAAUUACUACUUGCGAUGUUUGGUCCUUCAAGUAUUUUGGUGCCAACAUUUGUCAAGUAAAUAAGUGGGAAAGUAUACUAAAACGAGAUGCAUGGAGUAGGGCAUAUCGUCAUCACAAUGAUGCUGGAGCCCUGUUCUGCCAUAUUCACGCCAAAAGGAGGUAAUAUGAAAACAUAAUAUGGC